AUGACGAAGAAGUUUUAAACUUCUAAAAAAGAUUGGCGCGUUUAGCUAACUGUCAACUCACCAUUUUCAAAACCAUGAAAUCCGCCUCCGAGUUCGCAACUCGGAUAAGCCGAGCUCUUAUCUCCGCAUCAAACAACACAAUCCCCGCACAAAUUCGACCAUGGACACAAUCACUCGAGUCAAUCCUCCACAAAAUAGUCUCCCGUGACUCACUGAAUCCGUCACUCGUUGCUCAGGUUAUCGACCCAUUUCUCUUAACUCACCACUCACUCGCACUCGGGUUUUUCAAUUGGGCAUCACAACAACCUGGGUUUACUCACAAUUUACUCACUUAUCAUUCAAUUCUGAAAUCCCUCUCACUCUCACGUCAAUUUAAUGCAAUUGGGCACGUCUUAAAACUGGUUAAAACCCAGAAAUUGACUCUCAAUUCAUCAACUAAUCGUAAUGUAAUCAGCUCUUUAAUCAAAGGGAGAAAAACCCAGACCGCUUAUUUGGUUUUUUAUGAGGUUAAGUCACAGAUUUUAGAUAUUGGGCCGGAAAUUUGUAACUCGCUGUUAGCUUUGUUAGGUUCUGAUGAGAAUUUUGGUAAUGGGUUGAAAGUGUUUGAUGAAAUGCUUGUGAGAGGAGUUGGUUUUAGCACUGUAGGUUUUGGGGUGUUUAUAUGGAGAUUCUGUAGAGGGGGCGAUUUAGGUGAAGUUUUGAGUAUGUUAGAUCGAGUUAAGAAUGGUAAUUCGGAGAUUAAUGGGUCGGUUAUUGCGGUUUUGAUUGUUCAUGGACUUUGUCGAGCUUCUCGGGUAAAUGAUGCUUUGUGGGUAUUGAAUGAAUUGAGGGUUAGAGAUUGUAAACCUGAUUUUAUGGCGUAUAGGAUCGUGGCUGAAGCUUUUAGAUUAUCGGGGAGUGUGGCUGAUGUGGAUAAGGUGUUGAAGAUGAAGAGAAAGUUAGGGGUGGCACCGAGGAGUAGCGACUAUAGGGAGUUUAUUUUGAGUUUGAUUGCGGAGAGAUUGGUGGUCGAAGCUAAAGACCUUGGCGAAAUUAUUGUUAAUGGGAAUUUUCCUAUUGAAGUUGAUGUGCUGAAUGCUUUGAUUGGAUCAGUUUCCGGAAUUGACCCUUGUUCUGCCAUGUUGUUCUUUCGUUAUAUUACUGGAAAAGGGAUGCCACUCACUCUUUUAACUUUGAACAACUUGAGCAGACAUUUUCUUAGGCAUGGAAAAGUUGAUGAAAUGUUGGAAGUUUAUAAUGUCUUGUCGGAAAAUGAUUAUUUCUCUGAUAUGGAGAGUUAUAAUGUGGUAUUCUCGUUCUUUUGCAAGGCGGGCAAGAUAAGAGAAGCUUAUGGGAUUCUUCAGGGGAUGAAGAAGAAAAGGCUUGGUCCAGAUAUCUCAAUGUACAAUUGUUUAAUGGAAGCAUGCUGUAGAGAAGAUCUAAUGCGUCCUGCUAAAAGGCUUUGGGAUGAGAUGUUUGUAACUGGAUGCGGAGUGAAUUUGAAAACUUACAACAUCCUUAUUGAAAAAUUCUCAGAAAUUUCUGAAGUUGAAGAAUCUCUGAGGCUCUUUAAUCACAUGUUGAAAAAAGGGAUGGCACCUGAUGCUACAACCUACACAUGCAUUCUUAAAGGGCUUUGUCAAGAGACCAAGUUUGAUGCUGCUGUUGAAAUCUUUUGUAAAUCAAUUAAUCAGGAUUUAAUGCUAGCACGAAGUAUAUUGAGCACUUUCAUCAUAAACCUGUGCAAGGAAGGUCAAUUCCUUGCAGCUUCCAAGCUGCUUUGCGGCCCUGCUUAUGACAUAAGCCAUUCAGAUUCCCAUGUUGUUUUGUUGAAAUGUUUAGCUGAUGCAGAAGAGGUUGCCGUUGCUCUUGAACAUCUCAAGUGGCUUCAAGAUACCUCACCUCCCGUGUUGCAAGUCAUUUCUACUGAGCUUUUGGCCUUGCUUUCUUCUUCUUCAAAACCAGAAUCUAUCGUUUGCUUGCUUCAAGCUGUUUCUAAGCAAUCUUUGGAAUCCAAUGGUGACUCUUGGAAGCAUUUUUACCAAAAUACAUUCAAUUGAUGAAGCUAAGCUUGAAGUGUAAAUUUUGUCUCCAUAGAAACUGCAUUUUGAGAAUUUGGCUAGCAUGUUAUUUCUUCAUGUUAUUCCCUAAUUUGGAUGGACUAAGCUGAAUCAAAAUUAAUCAUCUGAAGAUAAAAGAUCACAUGUCAUAUUGCUUUCAACGCAAACUAAGCGACUCUACUAUAAAUUGGAAGAUGAUCUGAUUCGUCAUCUCUAUCAGUUCUUCCACUAUCCUGUCUAAAAGUCUGACCACUUUGCCUUGCUAUAUUGGUGUGUUGUUGCACCACCAAGAUUGUGGUGUUCACCAUGAACUGUGCUGAAGCAAACACAUCUCCUAUUGUUCCGAGCUCCUUGAGAUCAUUCCAAUCUACAAGCCCUGAUAAUAGUUGUGAUUUUUUAUCGUGAUGCUUACCCACUAUGAUAAGAUCAUAAAGGUCUUGCAUUGAUUUGAUGACAGAAAUAGUCCCUGUUCCGUCCAUGACCACCUCCUCUAUGUACAUCACUCGGUAAUUUCCUGCUGUAGCACUUCUAAUUUGACUCACCAUUUCAUUAUCAAGCUUCCUUUCAGUUGUAUCAUCGCUGGAAAUGCUUCCGUUCUCAAGUAGCCGUAUUAUUGUCAGACUGAUAUUUGGAUGUCCAGUCAUUCGUGAUGCUAUGGCCAGUGCCUCCCUGUCAUCAGGUCCGCCCAAAAACAUAACAGCAACACGGUAAUUAGAAUGGCUGUUCAAGAUAGAUUUUGGAGCAUUCAGGAGCCCAUGGUUAACAAGGAUUGCAGUAGAGCAAGGUGCUUUUUCGAGGAUUUUCAUGUUUGUCAUCUUAAUGUUUUUUCUGCUCAAAUCAAUUGCACCGUUUACUUGGAAUCUUUUGUGGAAAGGUAUUAUAACAAGGGAAGCCCUCCUGUCUAGCGCCAUUGUGCAAGCAUCAUCAUACAUUGAUUUAGUAGGACAAAUUGCAGUAAAAGGGUAAACCAUAACAAGACCAUGGUUUUUGUUCUCAAAGCUUCUGAAUGCAUUGAUCACGUGUUCGGAGUGUUUUGCCUUCUUAGAGGUUCUUCUGCUCAGCUUGUGGGGGAUGAGUAGGGCAUUCACACGGCCAGCGAGGUCAAUAAAGUGAAGAAUGUAAACAUAUAAAGGGCUUCUUUUUGUUGGAUUUAAGGCCUCAAGGAGGUCGAUGGCAGCAGGAGCAUCUUCAUUGUCGUGAAUACAAACUACCACCCUGAGUUCAAAGUUGGGUUUUAAGUUCAGUACCGUUCUUUUCCUGUAAACAGCAUACCUCCUCGAAGGAUCAUAUAGGCGUUUUAUGACGGGUGUGAUAGCACCUGUUAUGAGCAUCAUGGAUAUGCACAUUAUCACAAAAGUCUCGCUGUCAAUUGCCUGCACAUAAUUAGAAAGUCGACGCAUUACAUUAGUUGAGCCAAGCUCAAGCACACCCUGGACGUUCAUGACAAGGCCGAGUGCUGCAGCAUCCUUGGUUGGGAUAUUGGUGAAUCGAGCAACUACAAAUGUUCCGAUGAACUUCCCAGAGGCACUGAUGAGGCCAAUAGAUUGCACUAUCAGGUAAUUUUUCAACUUAAUGCUGAAGAUAUCAAUUACUAGUCCAUUUUUAACCAGGUAGAGGGGCAUAAAUAUCCAAUUACUCAAAAUAUCAAGCUUAUCUACGAGGGUCGAACCUAUUGGUCGCCCUGCCGGUAUAGUAAUGCCAAAAAUAAGAGGUCCUAAGUAAAGAUGCAAACCGAGAGUAUGACUGAGGAAACCAGUGACGAGAACUGUUAAAAGUAGCCAGAUCACAUAGCUCUCUUUCAGCGGCUCUCCCUCCGGAUUAUUCUUUACCAUCCACAUGACUCCAGGACGAAGGACAAAAAAAAUAACAAUGAGAAGGACAAUUGUGUUAAAUAGCGUUUGAAGUGCUCGGAAGUUGUCUCCUGGCGAUUGUUGCAACAACACAUUAAUUGUCGUCACAGUGAAACUGCAAGCCCCGGCUACAAAGGAAGCAGACAAGGCUACUCUUCCGAAUUCGGAAUUUAUAAUCUUGAGCUCUGCCAAAAAGUAAGCAACCACUUGAAAAGAAUACACAGACAACGCUUGUGCUACCGCCGGAAGUGAUCGAGCAAUAUUCUUGUCUAUAUCGAAAUGUGAUAAUAUGAAAAAACUUGUGGAAACGCUGGAUACCAUCGGCACAGCGACCCCAAAGAACCCUAGAGCAGCAGCCUUUCUGUCAAGAUAUUUGAGUAUCCACGGAUCCGUUUGUACUCCGAUAAGGAAGAAAUACAGUAUGAAGCCGAAAGAAGCCACAAUGUCCAGCAUUAUGAAUCCUCUCACCGGGAAAAAUGUGUUUGCCAGAAAGGGACUCCUGCACAUAACCGACGGACCUAGAAUUAUGCCUGUCUGAGAAACUGCAAAUCAAUAACCCGAAAUAGAAAAUUGCAGAAGAAAAACUGUACGAAACAUUGAACAGAUGAAGAUUUGUAGGUUUGGGGCUUACAAGCAUUUGUCUGACCACAAUGGGCAAACCAAGUGGCCUGAAAAGUUUAGUAACGAGCAGAAAAGUUCCACAGGAUAGAGUCAUUUGAAAGAGAAGCAGAGGAACCCAAUAAGACAAGGGAUCUGAAUGAUUAAAAACUCCUCUUGAAGAUAUCUUUGCUAAACUUGUGCAAAUUGUAGUUAUAUUCUUUUCUCCAUUCAAAUAACCUGCAAAUAUUGCUAUAUCUUCAGGUUCCGUAAUAAUCGAACCCAUCGCGAAUGAUCGAUGAGGACGAUAAUGAUUACAACGAAUCGACCAACCAAAUGAUCAAAAUUUUCAAAGAUAUGAAUGAUGAAAUAAUAAUAAUAUUACUUGUUCCUGGAUGUUAACAAUUAAA